UAAUUAAUAUUCAUGAGCGACAAGUUUUCAUCAACGCGUUUAAUCGCGAAUAUACAUACCUUAUAUAAACAAGCAUAGCGUUCUCGGUUUGCAUAAAACCUCGCGUGUUAUACAAUCUGAGAGUAAAAACGAGUCAUUUUACACGACAGGAAAUGAGAUUUUGAGAGACAGCUGCGUACUUUCGCUUUCAUUUGACGUUACAGGUCGGACAUCGCGCGCAGGUUCGUUCAAAACAAACGAAGCCUUCGGUAUAGUGUAAAAAAUUUGCUUUUUUUUUUUUCUCUGAGACGUCUUAGUAUCGUAAACAGUGCUUAUGUGUGACCAACUGACAAGCGCGCGUAUCCAAAAGAAACAGUCGGGUACUGAUACUAAACCUUUCUUCUGUUUUUCAUCAUGAUCCUCUUCCGGUCUUGGUUUUUAAGCCGCAUUACAUUUGCGGUUUCGUUCUGUGGUCUUUUGGUCUGCAAACAUGCAACGGCCGUCAACACAGACUCAAAUGCCCAGCCUUUUCCCUGGGAUAAGAUAAGAUUGCCAGAAACGGUGAAACCCCAGCACUACGAGCUCCUCCUACACCCCAACUUGACCUCCCUGACCUUCUCGGGAGUCGUCCAGAUCCUCACAGAGGUGGAGCGGGACACCAGAGCCAUCGUCCUCCACGCCAAAAACCUGCAGAUCUCCAAAGCCCAGCUCCUGGGCUCCAGACGUCCCCGGGAUCUGCAACUCAGUGAGCUCGAAGCCCACGAACAGAUAGCACUCUUUUCUGAUGGCUUCACGUUUGAGAAAGGAAGCCACGUGGUGCUUUUGGAGUUCCACGCCAACUUAUCAGACAGCUUUCAUGGCUUUUAUAAAGGCAGCUAUACCACGAACGGCGGAGAGGUCAGGAUGUUGGCGUCCACUCAGUUUGAGCCGACACACGCACGAGCGGCCUUCCCUUGUUUCGACGAACCUGCAUUUAAAGCCAACUUCACCAUCCGCGUGCGCCGAGAAUCCAGGCACAUUUCCAUAUCCAACAUGCCCAAGCUGAGGACUGUAGAGAUGGCCGACGGGCUGCUGGAGGAUCAGUUUGGCACGACGGUGAAGAUGAGCACCUACCUGGUGGCCUUCAUCGUUUCCGACUUCCGGUCCAUCAGCCGACGAAGCCAGCACGGAGUCGAGAUGUCAGUGUAUACCGUUCCAGAGAAGAUCAGUCAGGCAGAAUACGCUCUCAACACCGCCGUCACGCUGCUGGACUUUUAUGAGGAUUAUUUUGACAUCCCGUAUCCACUUCCCAAACACGAUCUUGCGGCGAUCCCAGAUUUCCAGUCGGGUGCUAUGGAGAACUGGGGUCUGUCGACUUACAGAGAGUCCGGUUUGCUCUUUGACCCUGACAAAUCUUCUUCCUCGGACAAACUGGGAAUCACCAAAGUCAUUGCCCAUGAAUUAGCCCAUCAGUGGUUUGGAAACCUGGUCACCAUGCAGUGGUGGAACGACCUGUGGUUAAACGAAGGCUUUGCCAAGUUCAUGGAGUACGUGUCUGUCAGCAUCACCCACCCCGAGCUGCAAGUGGAUGAUUAUUUCCUGGAGAAGUGCUUCACCGCUAUGUCGGUGGACUCUUUAACCUCCUCGCACCCCGUUUCCUCUCCAGUGGAGAAUCCUGCGGAGAUCGGCGAGAUGUUUGAUGACGUUUCCUACCGGAAGGGCGCGUGUAUCCUGAACAUGCUGAGGGACUUCCUGACCCCUGAAGCUUUCAAGUACGGUAUCAUACACUACCUGAAGACACACAGCUACCAGAACACAGUGAACGCUCAUCUCUGGGAGAGCCUUACCGGCAUCUGCACUUCUGAUGAACUGCGUUCGGGGAGAGUGAAAGUUGAUGGGUUCUGUUCCAAAAACAGGGCUGAGUCUCCAGCCUCUCAGAAAUGGUUCGUGGAGGACAGUGUUGAUGUUCGAGCCAUUAUGGACACCUGGACUCUACAGGAAGGGUUUCCUUUAAUCACCGUGGAGGUCAAAGGUCAAGAGGUCACCCUCAAACAGGAGCGCUUCCUUAGAGAAGCAAACUCUUCAAAGACGUCAAAUGCAUCGAGCUUCCUGUGGCAGGUCCCUUUGACAUACAUGACCAGUCACAACGGUGCAGUGCAGCGUUUUUUGCUGAGAAGUGAAAAAGAUGUGUUGUACCUUCCAGAGAAAGUGGACUGGAUUAAAUUUAACGUAGACCUGCGGGGGUAUUAUAUUGUACAUUAUGAGUCGGGAGGCUGGGACGCUCUGAUCAGCCAACUCCGGCAAAACCACAGUGUGUUUAGCAGCAACGACAGAGCCAGUCUGAUCCACGACAUCUUCCAGCUGGUCAGCAUUGAGAAAAUCCCACUGGACAAAGCUCUGAAUCUGAGUUUGUACCUCAGUAAAGAGUCAGAGAUCAUGCCGGUGACGCAGGGCUUUAAUGAGCUGGUGCCGCUUUACAAACUCAUGGAGAAGAGAAACAUGGAGGAACUGGAGAACCAGAUGAAGGGUCAUUUAGUGAAGUUAUUCCAGCCGCUGAUUGAGCGCCAGAGCUGGUCUGACGACGGCUCUGUGUCCGAGCGGAUGCUCAGGAAUUAUCUGCUGUUGUUUGCCUGCGUCCGCCGUUACCCGUCCUGCAUCAGCACCGCCUCUCAACUCUUCCGCCAGUGGAAAGAAUCUGAUGGCAAAAUGCGGCUGCCCACCGACGUCAGUUUGGUGGUCUACACUGAAGGGGCUCGUACAGAUGAAGGCUGGGACUUCCUGUUGGAGAAAUACAAGCGGUCCGUCUCGCCAUCUGAGAAGUGGAUGAUUAAAGCCGCCCUCUCGUACAGUCCAUUAGCUCACAAGCUCCAGUGGCUUUUGGAAAGAAGCGUUGAAGGAGAGAUCAUAAAAACCCAAGACCUGCCAUCGCUUAUCAUCAGCGUCAGUAAAAACCCAAAAGGGUUUAAGCUCGCCUGGGACUUCCUGAAAACCAACUGGGGGAAAUUUGUGAAAAAGUUUGAUCUCGGUUCGUCUGCAAUAUCUCGCAUGGCUGUCGGCGUGACCGAUCAGUAUUCCACCAGAGAAAUGCUCGAUGAGGUUCGUUCUUUCUUUGGGUCACUGGCGCAGGAUCAGGGCUCUGGGCUCCGCAGCGUUCAACAGGCCCUGCAGAAAAUCCAGCAGAACAUUCGCUGGAUGGACAGGAACGUCCCGCUGCUGAAAGCCUGGCUGGACAGAAACAGCCUGUGACGGAGUCCUGACAAACUCUCGAGACGCUUGAAAGCGUGUUUAACUGGGUGUGGGACUCAAGACUGCACCUAGUUUCUCCUUGGGUACGGUGCUUUACAAGGGCCAUAACGCAGCAAGAACACGAUGUCUGAUAUACAGAACACGAACGUUAUUGAAAUGCCUGCAAAAAAAAGAAGUGGCUAAAAAAGUUUAAGUAUUAACGCUAAAUAACAGCUUAGCGACACCAGCAAUAGACUGAAAUUAAUUUUUACAGAAACGAGAAAACUGAACACGUGUUUGAAUAAAGACUAAUCCUAAAGGAAGUUAUGUAUAUGUAUGCUAUUCCAAAUCGUUGAUAAAAUAUAAAUGUGGCUUAAUAACUUCCUACUUAAUAAAAAAUGCUCUUAUUUGGGUUGUAA